GCCACUGGCAGCCUCGUGAGUCGACUGAUGCCUCGCAGCGGCGUCAAAUCGCAGGAUGUCGGCAUCUCCAUCCCUUUGGUCCUCUUCCUCUGCUCCAUCCUGCUGCUCUUUUCCCUCCCGCCCUCCUGCCUCACUGAGGCAUUCACGUCCCUGCCGGUGGUGUCGGUCAACACGACCCUCUACUACCCCGCCGGCAACGGGUCGGCGUGUCUGGUCGACCGCAGCAUCAUGUUUGCCAUGAAUCGUGCGCUGACGGAGCUCAAGGCGGCCGAGGGCAACCAGAGUCUCAUGGCCAGGUGGACGGCGCCCGUCGAGGAGGGCGGGGCGGGAGAGACCAACUACCGGUGGGCGAACGAAGAUGGGCCUUUGUCUUCUCUUUUGUGUUCACGGUCACCUCUCCUCUGGUUGUCCUCUGUGUGAUUGCGUCAGGUUGGCAAUCGAUUGUGGUUUGGACACCGCCCAGUUCCCAUGGCCGCCGGUGGUUGAGAACAGCAGGCUGGAGAAAGCACUCGAGCGCAAGGUGGCGUCCAUGCACUCACAGAAGGACACAAAGACAGAGAGACAGGCAGCCUUUAAUGUUUUCUGUUGCCCUUUGUUGUCAGUCGUUGAACUUGGCUUCCUUUGUGUUGCCGCAAGAGGAGGCGGAGCCCCCGGUAAUUCGGACGGCCAUCGACAUCGCCCGUGCAGAGGCAGCGACCAUUGGCCGGCACUACAUCGGCGAGCCGCUGGGAAUCGAAGUCAUCAAGUACGGCUCGGCGGCAGAGACACUCGCGGUGAGUGAGGGGGGGAGUGAGACACGGCGACUAUCGGUGUCUCACUGAUGGCUGUCAGGAGUUGAACAGCGGCGAUGUCGACCUGACAUUGCCGUGGUUUGCCAAGGGCGGGCUGAUCGGCGAGAGGACGUCCCCCGAGGGCAUGAUGGGGCGCACUGUGGCCUUCGACGUGGGCUGCGACGCCGCCAUCAACCAAUACAUUGUGUCCGUGUCAAGACUCAAGAGUGAGGGACGCUUGCGUGUGUGUCGCUGCAAUGAUUCUCAUGUGUGUGUGUGUGUCUUGUGUCUGUCUGAGGGGGACGAAAAGGACCAGAUGAAACCGUGUUUCGGUGUGUUGUGCAUGCAGGUUGAAUUCGAGAGCCCCGGGAUCCAUCUCGUGAGCUCAUGGGGGAAAAUUUAAUGAGGAGACUGGCUGAGCCAUCUGAAAUUUUGAAUGUGUUGGUUGUUUUCAGUUGUAUAUGUCGGCCUGACAGCCCCCCGUGUGCCACUUCAGGGGCGACAAGGGCGACUGGAGCGACAAGGAGUGCGUCCAGCCGGUAAGUUAAGACACGGGGGAAUGUGUCAUGGAAUGUGGCUUGACGUGUGUUUUGUUUGGUGUAGGGCGUCGGGCGGGGAGGGUCGUUUGUCUGUUGAUGGAGACGGGGGAGACGGUUUGAGGCCCAGGAGAGAGCGAUGUGUCGGAUGCCCACCAGUAUUACAUUGUGCGCAGUGGACUCACUCUCUCUCUCUCUCUGUGUGUGUGUGUGUGUGGUGACGUCCUGUCAGUGCAUCAACUCACAUGCAUCGUGUUCGUCAG